AUGGCAAGAGGCAGGAAGUCAAAGGCAGCCACGGCUUCUCAAAACGACAACACGGUUGCGUCCAGACUUCGUUCUCGAACAGUACCAGCAAAUGGUGAAGAUGAAUCGACACCCCCUGCUGAUCCCACUCAACAAGUCAAGAACAUUUCACGAGUUCCUCAACCUGAGGCGUUUGAACGUGAUGCCACACGUAUGCAGAUCCAGAUGACAUGUAGCUAUAUUGACAAGCUCAUCAAGGAAAGAGGAUCAAGAAGAGCCUGUCUAGGCCUACUCAACAAACUCGACGACAUGUUGGCCACUGUCGAAAGACUCAAUUUAUUGGUGGUAGACCCGUCCGACGCUGAUGAAUUCGCGAAGCAAGCUCAAAUUCAAAUCGAUCUGUUCACACUUAUCGAGUCGAAGAAAGAAGACGUUGACGCUUAUGUCACUCUAAGAGCUGAUGACGAAUCUUCAGUCGGGUCCUGCAUGCAGUCAAUCAAAGGCGUACCACUGGCGACUCACCCCUCUGCCUCGACAGUUGGAGAGUGGAUGUGCAAGAGAGCUGCAGCAUAUCAAAAUGCUUAUAGUCUGGCACCGGAGAAAAUUUUGCCGUCUGGUGAGAACAAGUUUCCUCGUGGCCCCUCUGUACCCGACAAAAAUGAAGUGACUCAGUCGGAGAAAUUGCUUGCUGAAGCGCAGAAAAGAGCAGCGGAGGCCCAACAGGAAGCUGCCCAGCUGCAAAAACGACUCGAAGAAGUAAACAAGAAAGCUGAUUUAGCAAAUAAGGAAGCAAGCAAACUAUCCGAUGCUGCCAUGCGACGCGGUUCAGCACCAACCAUCAUCAGCAACCCAUUCCACGGUUGGGGAGACGGAGCGUUCGACGAUUGGCACCGCCGUUCUACUCACGAACCGACCAAAGAGGAUGGAGAUGAAGAAGCACCAGACGACUGGAUCGACCGGUACUGCAACGGCCUAGAAGAAGCCAAUUGGUCAUAUUCUAGCAAAUCGGCAGCACGCGGGGAGCUUCCCAUCUACUCCGGAAGGGCAACCGAUUGGUUUUGGUGGUCGGAUUUGCUACGUUCGAUGGUUCAUGAUCAACGAAUCGCACCGGGAGAAAAGCUUGCUGUCUUGAAGAGCCGACUACGGGGAGAUCAAUUCGAAAUCGUGCAGGGCCUUGGCGGAGGAGAAUCUGCUUAUAAGGCCGCUUUAUUCCGACUGAAGCAGUCGGCUGGACGUCGCGACGUAAUGCGUAUAGCACUACUCGGUGAACUCGAUCGUAUGGAGCUGGGCAGAGAAAAUUCAUCAUUCCGUCGCUUUGCCGAAAGAGCUCGAACCAUCUUCUUUGAUUUAACCCGAAUUGGGGAGAAAUUUAAUGCCGACCUCAUCGAACGACUGAGCCGUAAAUUGCAUCCGGCGGAUCGACUCGAAUGGAAUUCCGGACGACGUACUGGAUUGGAACGGCGCCCUCUGAAGGAAUUUGGAGAGUGGAUGUGCGAGAGAGCUGCAGCAUAUCAAAAUGCUUAUAGUCUGGCAGCGGAGCAAAUUUUGCCGUCUGGUGAAAAUAAGUUUCCUCGUCGCCAACAAUUUCCAACAACAGGGCGCACUAAUCACGUUAGCCUGGAGCCUGGCACUACAGAAAAACCGAAGAGUCGCUGCUUUUGCUGUGAGGGGGAGCACCGGUUGAUGGCUUGCCCAACAUUCAAAGAAAUGCCUACGAAAGAGAAGGUUCGAUUUUGCGUCAAGCGCCGCUUAUGCAUGAAAUGUUUCGGGACGAGACACUCCGCAGCCGAUUGCAAAUUCGGAAAAGGUUGUGGAUUCAGCGGAUGCCCUUUUAUUCAUCACCCAUUGCUUCAUGAUGCCGAAGAGAAGCACGACAAAGGUAGCAGCCAUCACACAUCACUCUCAGCCCAGGUGGAUCGCGUCAAGGUGGCGCUAGGCGUUAUCCGGAUGGAAGCUUACACAGCCGAAGGCCAGCUCAUCCCAGUUUCGGUGCUGAUAGACGAGGGCAGCGACACGACGUUGUUUCGAGAGGACUUUCUUCAACGGCUUAAGAUCAUCGGGAAAGGUACUACUCUAGAUCUUGUAGGAGUUACCGGCGCCGAAUGCUACAAAUCGCAGAAGGCCCCAGUUCGAUUUCUUUUACCGGACGGGGAGGAAGCCGUCAUAAAAGGAACUACGAUCCCGCAGAUAUCUAGGCCGACUCCGCUGACGUCCCAGUGCAAGAGAGUGGCGGAAAAAAUCGACGUCUUGGUGGGACUCGAUCAUUCAAAUCUACUUGCAGUAUUGGAAUCGCGCGUUGGAGGCGAACACGAACCUUUCGCAUCUCGCACUAGACUCGGUUGGGUCGUCCGCGGCCUGCUUGGGAGUGACAUCGGUCCGAUGACAACGGCCCACAUCCAUCAUAUCUCAGCGACUUCCGAGUUCUCGCUCGACGAAGAGUUCCAGAAAUUUUGUGCAACCGAAAAUUUCGGUACUGAAUUUAAAGGAGACGGCCUUUCAGAAUCAGACCGAAUCGCCGAGAAGAUCGUUGAUGAAGGCCUGAAGAAACUCGACACUGGGUAUGAAACCCCACUCACGUGGCUCGAAGGAGAGCCAACAUUUGAAAAUAACAGGACGCUGGCGGAGCAUCGUUGGCAAGACCUGAAGGAACGAUUCAAGAGAGAUCCAGAUUUCGAGGCUGAUUACAGAGCCGCGAUCAAGAAAUACGUCGACGAAGGCUAUGCAUCGCGAGUAAAAGAGGAAGAUUUAUACUCGAACAACCAGUACUACUUGCCGCAUCACGGUGUCUACAAGAAAGUGUAUGGUAAGAAGAAGAAGAAGCUUCGAGUCGUCUUCGAUGCCGCUGCCAAAUGGAAGAAGAAAUGCCUCAACGACGGAAUGCGACAGGGUCGAAAAUUGCAGAACGACUUAGCCAAGGUCCUCAUUCGAUUCCAGCUGGGGGAGAUUGCCUUUGCAGCAGACGUGACCGCCAUGUACAGCAGGAUUCGACUUCGACCACAAGAUGCCCGCUUUCAUCGUUUUCUCUGGCAAGAGAAAGAUUCUGACGUCAUCAUUACGUACCAAAUGGAUCGCUUGCCAUUUGGAUCUAACUGUGCCCCAUUUCUCGCCCUAAAAACCAUCCACAGAGCCGCUUCAGAUGCCACUAGAGGGAGAGAAGAAUGUAUGGAAGCAGUAGAGAAGAAUAUGUACAUGGAUGACCUAUUGAAAGCAGUCGACAAUGAAGAACAAGCAAUUAUGAAGGCGAAACUCAUCCGCGAUGGACUAGCAGAAGGAGAUUUUCAUCUAACAAAUUGGAUCUCUAACUCCCCGGAAUUCAUCAAAGCGUUGCAACCAGAGCAGGCAGUAGCAGCAGCACAUCAUGAUUUAGCGUCGGAUGACGUCGAAAAGCUACUGGGAGCCUUCUACGAGCCAACGACAGACGAGAUGACGUACCGAGUGACUGGAGUCGAAGAUCUCAAAUGGACGCGCGCUGGAUUGCUGAGCAAGGUGGCGAGUAUCUACGACCCCCUAGGACGAGCAGCGCCAGCGCUGAUAAAAGCAAAAAUUAAAUUGCGUGAGCUAGGUACCAGAGGACUAAACUGGAACGAAGCCAUCAGCGGUGACGACAAGGAGUGGUGGCAAACCUGGUUCAAGACGCUGGAGAGACUCAACGAUCUUUCGAUGCCACGAAAUUUGCAGCCAGACAAAGGAAAAAUCAUCCAGAGCGAUCUUCUAACCUUUGGAGAUGCAUCUGAAGAGGCCUAUGCAGCAGCCGUAUAUCUACGCAGUGUCUACCAGGAUGGCACAUCAAUAUGCAGAUUGGUGAUGGCCAAAACCAAAUUGGCCCCUCGGCAGACACAGUCAAUUCCAAAAUUGGAGCUGAACGCAGCAGUGCUAGGCGCUCGACUGGCCACAUACGUUGCAGACGCGCUACAAAUUACUGGACUCAACAGGAUUUUCUUCACUGAUUCCAGUACUACCAGGAACUGGAUCAGAGCCGUCGCUUCGCAUUACAUGCCGUUCGUCAGCCACAGAAUCGGAGAGAUUCAAUCUCUCACCAACGCUAACGAGUGGCGCUUCAUUCCCGGGAAAAUGAACAUAGCAGAUGCUGCGACGCGGUCCCUAUUGACAGACGGAGAGCCGAUCCCACCGAGAUGGCUGGAAGGACCAUCUUUCAUCGCCUUACCAAUGGAGCAAUGGCCGAAGGAUUUGCCUUGGGUGGCAGUAGCAGCAGAGAAAAGAACUGCCCACAUCCACCACGCAAUUUCUGAGCCCCCUCUUCAAGAUUGGACAAAGGUGAUCAUCGAUUCGAAGAACAUCUCAACAUUCCUGAAGGUGGAAGGAGAUGCCAAGGAGAUUAUUUUAAAGUGCCAAAAGGAAGGAUUCCGUGAAGAAAUCAGUUUAUUGUCAAAGGGCAAGCAAAUCUCAAAGAAGUCAAGCCUCAUUCAAUUAACUCCUUUCUUAGACAAAAAUGGAAUUCUCCGACUGGGUGGACGGAUCCACCGCGCAAAGCUACCAUAUGAGAUUCUACACCCUCCAAUUCUGCCCGGAAAGCACCCACUUGCAGAAAAGAUAGUGACAGCAGUGCAUCAAGAGUCGCAUCACGCAGGCACUGACUUUCUCCAUGCCAAAAUUCGGCAACAUUUUUGGAUCCUGCAAGGACGAGAGCUGGCAAAGAAGAUCCGCUUCAACUGUGCCGUCUGUGUGAAAUCGCGUGCCAAACUCGCCACGCAAAAGAUGGGUGAUUUGCCAUCUGCUCGUCUCGAUUCUUACACGGCACCAUUCACGCACAUAGCUCUGGAUUAUUUCGGACCGAUCGAAACGUCAGCUUACAGGAACCGAGUAAUCAAACGGUAUGGCCUGUUAAUCACCUGUCUCGUCACCCGCAAUGUUUAUGUAGAAAUGGUGCAGUCGAUGUCAACACCGGAUUUUCUCUACGGUCUACGGCGUUUCAUUGGAGAAUUCACGAAGCCAACUGAAAUCUUCUGUGAUAACGGGACAAACUUUGUGGGAGCUGAGAAGGAGCUGGCCACAGCAUUUCGUGAGUUGCAAAAGGACGAAAGGUUGAAGGAGUUUGCGCGAGAGCGCUCAAUCAUCUGGAAAUUCCAGCCACCUAGUGCUCCGCAUUUCGGCGGAUCACACGAAUCAAUGGUCAAAUCAACAAAGAGGGCGCUCUACCGGGCGCUGGAUACGGAAAAAGCCGGAUUGCGCUACCCGACGGACGAAAUGCUCAGAACGCUACUGAAGGAAGUGGCGGGCAUGCUGAACGGGAGACCUCUGACGCUGGCCAGCAACGACCCAGAAGACUUCAGACCGAUCACACCAAAGGAUUUCUUGAAUCUGCCACCAACGUCGGAUCUUCCGGCCGGAGACAUCCGUCGCGCUCUGCCCCGCGACCAUAUUCGUUACGUGAAGAAGAUGGCCAAUUUAUUUUGGGACCUGUGGACCAAGAUUUUCCUCCCGACGCUGGUUCCAAGAAGGAAGUGGGUCGCGGAAGAAAGAAAUUUUGAAGUUGGAGAUUCGAUCAUGCUAUCGGACAACAAUUUGCUGCCAAAUCAGUGGAAGACGGGCAGAAUCAUCGAAGUUUAUCCCGGUUCCGACGGCUUUGUUCGAGUCGUAAAAGUGAAAACGGACUGCGGAGAAUAUUUGAGACCAAUCCAUCGUCUAGUUCUACUGGAACCUUACUCGGCCGUCCUUCCGUCGGCCUCGGGGGAGAAUGUUCCAGAGAAAAAGAAGGCUUAA